AUGACGGCCGUCGGCGAUGACGCGAAUGCGAAGCCUGCCGACCGUCAGUUUAGACGGAAGUACGCGCUGACUGACGUGCUGCGGACGUCUGCCGGCCUCGAAUACUCCGUUCACAGCUGCCCGCGGCAGUACAAGCAGGACAUGGAGUCCCUGUUUCCCGGGCAGGACGUGUCGAAACUUUUGAUUCUGCCCACGCAGCAGAGGGCGCGGGUGGAUCUGGUGAACACAGGCGAGGAGGUUGAGAGGGAGAAGGACCGCUUAUUGGAGACGUUUGCAGCGUUUGCGUCGGGCCUCGUGGAGAGUCUCUCUCAGCAGGGCCACUUCGCUGACUACAUUGACCCCUGCUCUGGCCUCCCUCUAAUGCGUCCCCUCUUCAACUCAGUGGCUGCAUUGCAUGCGUUGACCCUGCUCCAACCCCCCUGUGUGUGCACCCACAGCAUUCCCUGUGUCCCCUCGUGA